UUUGGUCGAUGUGGGAUUUGUUCUUCCUUAAACCAAACCAAAUCAAAAGUUGUUCUUCUCAGUUAGUGUAAAAAUGAUGCUAUCCGACUCUCCACUCCUCAUCUCACUGCACAACAGAGUCAGAGAGACCAAAAACCUCUUUUUCCCUCUCGACCAAGGAACCCAAUCACCGGCGGCGGCGCAGUUGCUUCGUCCUCUAAGACCGUGUAUGUCGUUUUAGUAUUUUUUUUUUCCUUUCUUUCUUUCUUUCUUUCUAUGUCUAUCUCUUCGUGCCUUAUGUAUGAAUUUUUGUUAUUGCUCGGUAUUAGUUCUCAUAGGGCUUGAUUUUCUUCCUUCACGCUGGGUUUAUCAUACAAUACAAGUUUAGAAUUAAUUUUUUUUGGCUUCGUGUUUCUUUUAACUCGUUGCAUUCCAUUUUUUAGGAUUUAAAUCUGUAUAACAUUUUCUGUAUCGUAAAAUAGCAUAAAAUGCCUGAAGGUUUCCACUUAGAACGCCCUCUGUUCGCCGGUGCCUUAACUAGCACCUUCCCUCAAAGGUUCCAGGUAUUUUUUUUUUCUUUUUAUUUAUUUAUUUUAUUUUAAUUUUAUCUCACAAAAAAAGUAAUAUUCGAGAAGUUCCAGAUCAUCAGGUGAGGACUGAGGAGCUAUGCUUCUUUCUAGUUUUCACUUCGUUUCUUUGAAUACCCAAUUUUUCAUUUUAAGCUUCUGGGCAUUAAAGAUUUGUUUUUUUUCUUUCACUUAUGUUGUUUAUUUAUGCAUUAUUGAUUGUUUUUCUUAAUUAUUUUGUGGGUUUAAAGGAGGUGUUUGUGGAUCCUUCCCGGGAUGAAAGUUUGAUCUUUGAGAUAUUAGAAUUGAAGGAAGAAGUUGGUGAUGAUGGAAGUGCUUCAUGGUUUCUUCAAGACCUUGCCUCUGAACAAGAAUCUGAAGGCUGCGUGGUAAUUAAAUUUUUCCCUAUUAUUGUUCACACUCAUUAAUUGUGUAUUCAUCUAUCAAUUGCUAACUUGAUCAUAUUUUCCUUGUCUUAGAUUGUUUAUGGUUUUAUUUUGAAAGGGUUAUCCAAUUUGUUUCGUAUAAAUGCGUACAUGUUAAUUUAGUCCUCUUCAGUUCUUAUUCUCUAGUUUCUAUCUAUGUAAGAUGGUAAUUAAAUGCCGAUAUAUUAUGAUACUAGCUUUCGCAAUAUUUGGAUAUGAGAAAAGUUUCCCCAAUAGUAGCUGAGAUAUGAUUCAAACUAUUGUGCCAAAGACUAAUUUGCCUCAAAUUAAAAUUCAGGUGAUUGAACAGUCAGCAGUGACUUAGGCCCCUGGUCUGUGCUAUAGGAGCACACCUGCUGUCAUUAUAACUGCAGUAGGCCAAAUGGUAUGUGUCCAUAGUAAUCUUUUAGGUUGUGUUUGCUGUUGGUUAUGGGUUUUUACUUUCUUUAGUUUGCCUUCACAUUUAAGUAAUGGAUGAUUGGCCUUUGGUCUAUUGUGUGGAAUCAUAAAUGUCACCAACCUUGUAUCUGUCGUAAACUUGUGAUUAUUGAUGCUAGGUAUCUGUUCUUCUACUUCCUUCAAUGUGCCUCUUCUGUAGGGACAAAGAUGAAAAAACAAAAGGGAAAUUGUGUUCAAAUAUGUAUAUAUUUCAACAUUUUCUUUCAAGUAACCUUACAUAAUAUAUCCUUUUCCUUUCCUGAUGACUGAUAUGGAAUGGAAGAGAAAUAGUGAAACAGUGUGCUGCUUCAUCACCUGAUUAAUCAUUAUCGGUAUUGAAUAUUUUCUUUCCAAAUAAUUUGUAUUGAACUGCCAUUAGAAACAUUUACGAAGAACUAUGAUGAUUGCAAGAAGUGCUUUUGAAGCAUGGCUUGUAGUUUCUCCAUUGCAUGGAAAAUAUUCUUUGUUUAUCAAACUUCCUUUGAAGAAUCUCAAAGUUAAACUGUAUUAACCUUUUGGGCUCAUAUCAAUUCAUUAUUUUGGUUACUUGAACAUAGGCUAUCUCUAAGGGACGGCAAGGUAGGGAAGCACAAAAUGUUGUGAGGGUAUAUGUUGCAAAUGUUCGUCUUAAAGAAGUUAACACGGAUAUCCUAAUUUCUGCAUAUGAGCCGAUUCAUAUAAAGACGAGUCUCGAGUUUACAAGAUUCUCUUGCAAGAGAUAGUUCAGAGAGAAGAUUUAAGCACUCCAGUUUAUAAAACUAUAAAACGUGGUGAACCCCACAAGCCUAUUUUCUUUACUAGUGUGGAGCUGGAUGGAGAAAUUUUCCAUGGGAAAGCAGCAAAAUCCAAGAAACAAGCAGAGUUGGAUGCUGCAAGGGCUGCCUAUGUCGCUCUUAAGGAACGUAAGUCCGAAAAAACAGUUCAUUCUUUCUAAUGAUUUGUUUUGCUGACUCUAAUCUUCUAUGUUCAAGUGAAUCUUAUUUUGGUAGUUUGACUAGUUAGGAUGUAGCAGCUUUACAAGUAAAUCAGAAACUGGAAUAUACUUAAAAAAGGUAACCAGUUACCAUGAAAAUAGUAAAUUAUGAAAUGAAUAAUGUGUUUAUUUUCUUGACAUCUAUCUUCAGGUGGAUCAAUUCAGAAUGUCAACUUCACUUCCUCUAGUUUAGGAGCACAUACUCCCAAAUCAACUUGGAGCUCUGGUGUGGCCUAUGACUUGGUACAGAGUCUCAAACACCAAUGCAUUUUGGUUCCACAUCAACCUCAGACUUAUGUUGAAGCUAAAGAGAAGUUUGAUACAUUAGCAGAUUUAGCAGAAACCAUUGUAAGCACAAUGGAAGUGGACAACUCAUACCCUGCAAUAACAUCUCAUAUGGAAAAACUGAAUGAAGCUGAGAAAGUCUCUGCUGUUUCUUCUCCUUCAGUAACAAACUCGAUGAGCAGUGAUGUGAAGAGUUACUUGCUUUGCAACAAGGUGAGAGUGUACUCACAGUUGCCCAAUCAUCCAUUCCCAGAAGACAUUACUGUGCUCCCCAUUAGAGAAGACAAGUGGGUAGCUGUCAGCUUGGAAUUCCCAAAUGAAAACAACAAAGAAUAGUUGAAAAAUUCAUUCACCCAUAAUCAUGAAAUAUAUUCCCAUCAACAAUUGAUGCCUAUGUAAUGUUUUUUUAUAUUACAACUUUAAGUUAAAAGUCUUCAUUUUUAUGUAAACAGAAACACUCUUUACAUAUAUAUAAAAGCAUAUAUUUAAGAGUGUAUAUAGUAUAGUUAUAACUCAUUUCAAAUGGUAAUGCAUGGGGUUUUUGGGAAUUGGCUUAAUUUUUGGUGAUAUUAACGACGACUGAGUUGUGUCGUCGGUAAAAGUGGUGAUAUAUCAUUUGCCCCCGAAACCCUAUUCAGCUAUUCUUCAUCAUUUGGUUCCUUCAUCUCUCUCACUCUCUAAAGUUUCUCUCUCACUCAUACAAGCGGCGCCGGUGAUCUCGUUUUCUCUUCAAGCUCUGAAAACGCUGCCCAACCCAGGAUCUCCUCUCCUCCGGCGGCCUCUCUCUCUCCUGCAGGUAUUAUUCCUUUUCCAUUUUUAUAUAAAAUGUCAGAAAGUUCUCAAACUCACCGGCAUCUCCCUUCUCGGUAGAUUCUGGCCACAAUCGUCAUCUCUAGCGACGUGCUCUCCACUUUUUUCAGAUCUAUGCUACGCACAUAAAAUGUCGAUCAACAAGACUUGGAUCAAGAAUCCAAAUAAAUUAUCUGAUGAGUAUGGAGCUGGAGUAGUGGCAUUUCUUGAGAGAGCUAAAAAUUUUGUGGAUGAAACAGGACUGGUUAAGUGUCCUUGUAACAAGUGUGUCAAUAUUCAAUUGCAGACAAUCAAUGUAAUAGAACAUCAUCUUUUCAAUAAUGGUUUUCUUCAGAGUUAUACUAAUUGGUAUUGGCAUGAAGAGGAGGAAAUAAUACCAACAAAUAAAGUGGUGCAACAAUGUCAGGAAGAUGAGAUAAUGGAUGGUCUUAAUGAUAUAGAACAACCAGAAAAAAAUAAAGAUGAUGAAAUUGUGUGUGAUUAUGAGAUGAAUACAAGUGAAGAAUGUGUGUGUGAUGAUGAUGAGAUAGCUACAAGAGAAGAAAUCGAGUGUAAUGAUGAUGAUGGUGAUGAUGAUGAGUUACCUACAACUGAAGAAAACCAGCAUGAUGAUGAGAUACCUACAGAUUUCAGAGAUGGACAGGAUUAUCGCGAUUUGUCUGCAGAGAUGGAAGCUCCAUUAUUUCCAGGGUGUGAGAAAUAAACAUCUUUGAAUUUCUUAGUUAAGUUGAUGUACUUCAAGGGGAAAAUUCCUAACAAUAUUUUUGAUGAGUUAUUGGGGCUGUUACAAGAUGCAUUUCCAGCUCCAAAUAAUUUGCCAAAGUCACGUAAUGAGGCCAAGAUGUUGCUGCGUAAACUAGGACCUGUUGUUGGGAUUCCAGAGACAUGGAGUACAACUAAUCACAUGGACGACGAAGGUUGGGACAGCAAGGACGCCGAGGACAGCUAUGAAAGGUUGAAAAAUGUGCUUGAGAUUCAAUUACAGUCUCCUGCAAGUUCAUCAGCUGCGAGUGCUUCCAUCUCCAUGGAUGAAGAGGAAAACACCGCCCUUGGCUUGAGGGCGCAACAUGAUGAUGAACCUCCUCUUUAUGAGCAAGUUCAAGGUAUGAUGGCGAGCAUAAGAGCAAUGGAGGAGUAUAUGGCUGCGUUAGCUGGAGCCUCAUCGUUUCCACUUCCACCUCCACCUGAUCAGGAUCCUAAAGCUCCGAGCCAGUAGAAAGAACGAUCUUAUUCGUGUCUUUUAUUCUCUUACAAACAUGUUAUCUGAAUUGUGGUCUAAGCAUUGACAGUAUGGGACAUUUCUUUGACAGAUAAAUUUGUAUUGAGCUGCUAUUAGAAAGAAUGAAAGAUAUACUAAGAACUAGUAGUUGUUAAUCAAAGAAGGAAAUAAUAAUUCCUUAUGCUAAUCUGACAAAAUGGUUUCAAAACAUAGCUUGUAGUACCUCUUUUGAAGACAAAAUACUCUGUUUAUCCAACUUGCUUUGAAGAAUAUCAAAUUUAAACUAUAUUAAACUUUUGGGCUCUAAUCAAUUUAUUAUUCUGGUUACUUGAA